ACGAUGGUGGGGGAAAAGCAUAGUUACCGAGAGGAGCUUAGCCGUUAGGUCGUUGAGUGGUUCGUGGUUGUGCGUGCGUGUGCAUGCGUGUGCGUGUGCGUGCGUGUGGGUCUGUAUGCGUGUACACGUACGGUCGUGGGUACGCAUGUAUUCGGAUACGAGGAAAGGGACGAAGGAGGUACUGCCGCGGAGAAGAGUGGGAGAAAGAGGCGACGGAACUGCGCGCCCGCGGCCUCCCACGUCGCGAAUCAUUCCUAGCCGAGUCUUUUCGACGCUCGCGACGCUUCUCCAGUUCCAUUUCCAGAGACACCGAUCCUUUUCGAUAUUUCGUCUUUAUGCACGCUUGUCCGGAAACGACACGGUUCUCCACGUCGUGACAGCGUGUGCGCCUUCGCUGGCUCCGAGUGGGGUCGCGACGUUCCAAAAGCUGCCAAUUUCCACGCACGAUUUUCGGUUUCUCUGCUACGUAUACACACGUACAUCCUAUUUAGCCCUUUUGCCUUUCGGUGGAAGUUUCGCCUGUUCGGUUCCCCGUCUCCCACACUCGCAGAUUCCUUUAGCUUAGUCACAUCCCCCAAGAGCGGCCGAGAGACAGAGGCAAGGAGAAAGCGUAGAGAAAAGUCUGUAAAGAAAGGAGGAGGAUCAGUGCAAGCACGUCCGUUCGCGAGGUUGAUUCGCAAUCGUCGAAAGUAAAACGGUUCGUUGGUUCCCGCCCGACAAGGCUGUGUAGUACACGCGGUUCUCCUAGGAUAUAUACCGACACGCCACCCACCGUUUGUGUAUGUGCCACUUUGUCUGCACGCGUGUUGGUACCAUACGAUCACGGUUGCGGUGUUCGCACCUUCCAGAAGUGAAUUCGACGAUUCGGGCCGGACAGCAGCCGGACCAGCCACUUUAACCGCCUGGCUUGGUCUUCGAUCGAUCGAUCGGAGAGAAACUAGCUCGUUAGAGCCCGAGGAGAGUAAACGUACACAGAGGCUCAUUUUUGAUACACGAGAUCGAUCGUGAUUUUUGACCAGGAUGUCGCACAAGAUGCUGAGCCAAGGAGCGCCGGUUCACGGGGGCAGCUCACAGAGAACGCCAAUGCGCCCAAUGAUAGCGGAAUACGACCCAAAGAAGCACGGUGUGAAAACAGAACUGUCAGACACGGUUCUUGUCAAAUACAAGUGCGAGAAAAAUGACAUACCGAUUACCGUCACGAACGGCUCGACGUUACCGCUCGUGGAAAGACCGAACGACGAGGAAGCGGCCCUUUACAAUCCGUUCGAGCACAGGAAGUUGGCCCAUCCGACUUCGGAUCUGGAUACGUUGAUACAUCUUCUGAAAGGAAGCUUAGGAACGGGAAUUCUAGCGAUGCCAAUGGCCUUCCGUAACGCCGGUCUGUUGUUCGGCCUGAUCGCUACCUUCUUCAUCGGUGCUGUUUGUACCUACUGCGUUCAUAUUUUGGUCAAAUGCGCUCAUAAUCUAUGCAGGCGGACUCAAACGCCGAGUCUAGGGUUCGCCGAAGUCGCGGAAGCCGCGUUUCUGGUCGGUCCUGAGCCGGUACAGAAAUACGCUCGCCUAGCCAAGGCGACGAUCAAUUCGUUCUUAGUGAUCGACCUGAUAGGCUGCUGCUGCGUGUACAUAGUUUUCAUUUCAACCAACAUCAAGGGGGUGGUCGACUACUACACGGAGACCGAUCGCGAUGUUCGAUUUUAUAUGGCGGCGUUGUUGCCUUUCUUGAUCGCUUUCUCGCUCGUGAGAAACCUGAAAUUCCUGGCGCCGUUCUCCAUGAUCGCCAACAUAUUGAUCGCCACUGGAAUGGGGAUCACGUUCUACUACAUUUUCAGCGACUUGCCCAGCAUCAGCGAUUUACCCAACUUUUCGAGCUGGUCUCAGUUACCUCUGUUCUUCGGCACGGCCAUCUUCGCUCUCGAAGGCAUCGGUGUGGUGAUGUCUCUGGAGAACAAUAUGAAAACCCCGACGCAUUUCAUCGGUUGCCCAGGUGUGCUCAACACUGGUAUGUUCUGCGUGGUAUUGUUGUACAGCACCGUCGGUUUCUUCGGCUACUGGCGGUACGGCGAGGACACGAAAGCCUCGAUCACUCUGAACCCAGAGCAAAACGAGGUUCUGGCCCAAUCGGCCAAGUUAAUGAUCGCGGUUGCCAUCUUUCUCACCUACGGUCUCCAAUUCUACGUUCCGAUGGAAAUUAUCUGGAAGAACCUGAAACAAUAUUUCAGCUCGAGGAAACUCCUCGGCGAAUACCUAGUCCGUAUCCUGAUGGUGAUCUUCACGGUGGGCGUGGCGAUCGCUAUUCCAAACCUAGGUCCGUUUAUCUCUUUGGUAGGCGCUGUGUGCCUGUCCACUCUCGGUUUGAUGUUCCCUUCUGUAAUCGAACUGGUCACUGUAUGGGAACAAGAGAACGGUUUAGGGACGUGCUACUGGAGGCUCUGGAAGAACCUAGCUAUCAUCCUGUUCGGUGUAUUGGGUUUCAUAACCGGAACCUACGUCAGCAUCCAGGAGAUCAUCGAAGAGGACAAAUGAAGCGCCGGGUUCGAAGGAGCUGCGGUGCGACGGAAUAAUCGCUCAGCGCGUACCACAGAUGCCGGCGUGUCGUUGGACACCUUCCGCGCUCUCGUCGAGCGAACUCGUCGUCCGACCAGAGGAACGACGAUUACGACCACCGGGAGGGUGGGUGAUGCUGCCGCGGCUGGAUCAUCCAGCGAAAGGUCAUGCGAGCGCGCGAGCUCUCGACUCGUAGCUUCGUCUCGCUCCUUUUAUACGUUUCACUUCACGCUAUUGAUAGCACGACGACUGUAUCGACGACGAAGACGUUAUCCGUUAGAUAGGAUCCAUCGUCGAUCCUCGGAUCUUUUCUCUCUCUGUUUCUUAUUUCUUUGCUGUAAUCGUGCGCGUGUAUCGUGUCUAGAUACUAAGAGGAGUUUGCGUAUCGAAUUCCUAUACGGAAAAAUUACUUGUACGUAUUUCUUGGAUCUCUACUUUUCCGAGCACGAGUUUUUCUUUCCUUUUUUUCUCUUUUGCUUUUCUUAUGAAAAAACUCAGUUCCUUUCAAGGAACGCGAAAGAAGCAAAUUUCGUCUAUCUUGUUCUCCGCUGAUUGUAAUUUCGAAUAUACGAUCGUUGCGACGAUAACGAUAAUACAGGAAGAGAUACGCAAAUUUCUUUCACGCGCGAAGCAACGUUAAUCGAGCAAAGAGAAUCCUCACCACUGCUUCGCCACUUUCCAUGCGACCCGCGUAAUCGAUGUACAACGCGUACGACAUGAGCGCGUGGCUAGAUAUCAUAGAAAAUUCGAUCGAUCUUCAGCGAUUUACGUCAGAAUCGUCGCUACUGACGUCGGGCUGUACAACGCCGUACGCCAAGUGUACGGUAAGAAUCAUUAAUGCGGUAUGUUGACCUUUGCGUAGGCGGUUUGAUACGUUCCAUUACGCAACGACUCUGCGAAUAAAUUAAAUUUUCAUAUUAUAUCUUUCAAAUUGUCAAAUUCUCAGUUUCAACUUUCGACUUCUUCGAUCUUUCGUUUCGUAUCCUUCGAGUUUCCGAAUUUCGAAAUUUUCACGCGUUAAAUUGACAAAUUUUACAAAUUUUCGAAAACUUAUUUCACAUCGUGCGACAUCAAUGAUUUUUACCGCGCAUUCCUAUACAUUCGAGCGAUUAACCGAGCAAAGUCAAUAGCACAACGUGGCUCGGAGUACCCGGAUCCACGAGAUCGUCGAUUCCACGACACGCGGGAUCCGUGAGAAUUAUUGAGACGAGUAUCAUCAAGUACGUGGAUAGAGGCGCCCAUUUUCCUCUGCCUUUUUCUCCUUCUCUCUCUCUCUCUCUCUCUCUCUCUCUCUCUCUCUUUCUCUCUCUCUCUCUUUUAUUAUUUAUUCGCGUUGCGUCGAUCGUGCGCACGACGAAGCUUUACCAUCGACUUGACACAACUGCGGGACGGUUUCUUUUUGUCGUUUUUAGUAGCUUACGCGCGUAUUAUGUACGAGUAUAGAUACGUAAAUUAUACUUAAGCGUCAUUUAUACCUACGAACAAGGACCGUUCGCGUUUUAUAUUUCUUUUCUUUUUUUCUUUCGCAUUGACGUGCGUUCGUUCGUUCAAUUUCGCCGUAACAAAAGAGCGAUCUGUGAGAUAAAGAGGUUUCCGAGGCCGAUCAUCGAUCGAAACUAUUUUAUAGCUGAUAAUGAGAAAUUAUCUUCUUAUCGUAGAGCUUGCUAAUCACAUUCAAAAAUCAGAACAGAACACAACGGAACACAACGGAACACAACGGAACAAAACGGAACAAAACGGAACAAAACGGAACAGAACAGAACAGAACAGAAUAGAACAGAACAGAAUAGAACAGAAUAGAACAGAAUAGAACAGAAUAGAACAGAAUAGAACACAGCGGAAUCAGUUACUAUCGAUCAUUAACAAUUUUUAAUACGCGAAGAUAAUAAAUCAUUGAACCGAAAUAGAAGGUUGAUCGAUUUAACACCGCCGGAAAUCGCCAAUCUGUUCCUAGUGCACAUUGCACAAAAAGAGACGAAAGAAAACGUACAAAAAGCGUUUAUUAAUUAAGAGUAAGAAACGUAAUGGCACGUAGGUGUGAUAAUAUCGCGACAUGCACGCUUGCUAGUUUGUAAGAAGUUUAGCGAGAGGCGCCGACAUUUGCGCGUCGUCGUGCGAGAUUAGCACACUAAUUGAACUAAUCGAAACGCCCAUUUCGAUCACCAAGGCGAGUUCGCAACGAAUAUGCCGAAUAGACGCGUAACAUCGAUUUGUCGAAUAGUGUCAGGGUCUUAUAGAAUAUCUUCGACGAUACAAAUCUCGUGAAAAACUCAAAGAAGAUCGUUCGUUCUAUCGUCGAGUCGUCAGAGUUGGACGAAUACUUGGCAGGACAAUAAAAGUGAACUUUUUUAUUAACGACGAACGAAGAUGACAAUCUUGUCGAAGAAUAGUACAAAGACUAAACAGAAAGCGUAACAAUCCGUUUCUCACUCUCGUUUCCGUAUUCGACUCGAAAUUAAUUCGUAGAAUUUUUGCAUCGUUCGUCGUUUAGAUCUGACAUCUGAGAUUGCACGGUCCACUCGACGAACAAAGGAUCUCGACGAAAUUAAAACCGCCAAUUUCGACCUUCGUUUCAGCUUUAUAUUUUCUCGAAGAGCUAUUUUCAUUCGAAGAGUAAUACGCUUCGCGAUACGCGUCGCACAGCGACAGAUCGCGAGGGCACGAUCGUUCGUCGCUUCGACUAUUUUCGAAGGCACGCGAUACUGUCUUUUUAGUGCCUUGAUUCUUUCGCCUCGCGGAAAUCGUAGGAUGUAAGACUGGAUUUUGUGCAGAAUGUGUAACGAAAGUUGUUAUAGAUCAAUAUCGCUGCGAGCAAAUUUCUUUUACUUACAGCGUCAAGCUUGUUAGACCGUGACAACUUUAGCGAUGUAUUCUGCGCGUUAAACGAGAAUCUAAAUCUCGUCGUGUUCUGUUUCGAUCUUGGAACGAUUUAAGUGAUUCUUCGACCGCGACAAUGUAUUUUGUACGAGAAGAAACGACGUAGAAAGACACGGUUCAUCGAGAAUACAAUAACCAAUGCACGGUAGUUAUUGCCAUUUUCGGAAAAAUGUUCGUAUCUGGUGCACGCGUUUCGUUCGGAACAGGGUAGAAACGAACUGUUCCUCUUACUUUUUCGAGCCACGGAAAACUGCUGAAUUUUGCCAAACUUCGUCCAUGUUUCGUCAUUUUCUCUACUCUUCCAUUCUUUUUCCAUCGAGAGUCUUUGUCGUCUUUUUUCUCUUUUUUUCUUUUUUUUUUUCUGUACACGAUAGCACACGAGAAUAGUUCGGGGUAGUUGUACCAUAAUUUUAAAGCCAAGAAAAUUCUGUCGUAACGAGGACUCCAUAGACUCUAGGUAGAAUCGUGAUUUAUGCAACGUAUUUAAGAGACGAAAAAUUGCAGACAUGUAUAGAUAUACCGUUCCGCCGCUUUUUUUACCUCGGACUUCCAUGAUGAAUCGCGCGUCUUUGUGGCAAUGGUUGCCGCGCAGAGGAUGUCGUUUCACGUGCACGCGUGUUUCGUGCAUGCCGUCAAUUUUUGUCGGUCAUUGUACCAAACGAUGUUAUGAAUAUUUAAUACACAACGAUUUGCAAAAGAA